AUGGUCGGAAAAAUCUUUGAAGUCAAUCGAAUCAGCUUUUCUGAUGAGGAAUUGCCUGUUGAAGUGCCAGUGAAUCGUAUCUUUGAAUGGCAAGCUAUACCGGGACCACAAUUAUCUUUUGCUUCUAUCAUGAUGGUUCAAAUUCUAGCCCGAAAAUAUGGGGUAUUACAGUACGAUGGUGAAAAGGAGGAUAUUUUGUCAUGUGGGUUCAUUUUGGUUGUCUUGUUAGCUGCUUAUCUUCAAUUCCAUGAUGCAAAUUUAAUUGUAAUGUACAAGAAAAUUACUAAAGGGGAUUUCAAAUGUCCUGAAUAUUUCCCUUCUGUAGCGACAAAACUUCUUUCAAGAAUUCUUGAUCCAAAUCCAUUUUCAAGAAUCACAUUAGCUAAACCAAUGAACAAUAAUUGGUUCAAGAAAGGAUUCAAACAAAUUGAUAAACCACCAAUUUUGGAGCAAGAACAGGACAAAUCGCCUUGUAGUGUUUUCAAUAUUGUGGAUGAUUCAGAUGUAGAAAGCUCUUCAGGACACAAAGAGCAAAGUUCAUCAACAAUGAAGCCUACUUGUUUGAAUGCUUUUGAUAUCAUUUCUCUUUCUCCUGCUUUUGAUCUCUGUAGCUUGUUCGAGAAAGAUAAGAGCUGUAGAUCGGAUGCUAGAUUCACGACACAAAAUUCAGCAUCCACUAUCGUCUCGAGGCUACAGGAAGUAGCUUCGAUGAGAAGUUUUAAGGUGAAGAAGAAAAACAGGACGGUGAAAAUGCAAAGAAGCAAGGAAGGGAGAAAAGGGAAACUAGCAAUUGAUGCAGAGAUAUUUGAGAUUACGCUAGCUUUCCAUGUUGUAGAAGUGAAAAAGAAAUCAGGACGUACUGCAGAAUACAGGAAGUUUUGUGAUCAAGGCUUAAAGCCUUCAUUAAAUGAUAGAGUUUGGACAUGGAAGGGCAAUGAGCAAUAACAUGUGGAAAAUCAAAACUUAGAGGCAAGAAUGUGAAAACAAAAAGAGC